AUGCUCAGCCGCUACACAGAGGAGCUCGCUGCUAUCAUGCCCGGCAUGCAGAAGGUGCUCCAGAAGUUCAACCAAGACGUUCAGCCGUGCAGGAGCGACGAUGUGAAGGAGCUGAAGGACGCUUCCAGGGAGUCUUCGAAGGAGGUCCCCAACGCUCCGAAGGCCGUGAAGGACGCGCCCAAGGCCGUGCCAAAGGAGGCACCCAAGGCUGUCGCCAGAGUUGUCGCGAAGGCAGUCACCAAGGAGGUCGACAUCCAAGAUGUCAAGGAGGCCCCAAAAAAGGUCCUAGACAUGAAGGAUGUGACCAGGGAUAUGCCGAAGGACACGGAUGCCCGGAAUGUCGCGGGAUCACCCGAGGAGCCGAAGCGGGUUGCGUUUGCGGCAGGGAUUUGA